CAUGGAGGACGAGGUGGAUGUUGACAUCGAGGGAGACGAGACUGACGGCGGCAUGAACGAGCUGGACGGAGGAGGUCUAGUCCAGGAUCAGUUCUUGCAGUCUGCGUGGACGAGCAGCGCUGGGAUACUGCCGUGGGAGCUGGACAGCUCCAUCAGCCCCGAGAACAGGGAGGUGAUAGAGAGGAUGCUUCUGGAGGAGCAAUACUACCUGACAGGUAAGGAGAUUCCUGACCACAUUUGGGAAAGUGACUCUAACAACAAGCCCAAAGUGAAGAGUUCUCGAGCCAAGACCUCGGCCACAGGCUCGGGAUCCUCCUCUCGUUGGUCCAAACAGGAGAAAGACCUGUUUGAAGAAGGACUGGCUCAGUUUGGUCGCAGGUGGACUAAGAUCGCCAAGUUGGUGGACAGCCGUACUGUGCUUCAGGUGAAGAGCUACGCCCGACAGUAUUUUAAACAAAAGGCGAAAUCAGAACCCAGAUCUGCAGCUCCCUCUGCAGGACCUGCACUGCACCCACCUCAGCCCACAUCCAGUCACAUGCCCACUCUGGCCAACACUGUCCGUAUAGAGAAGCUUUCCGAGGAUGAGGACGAGGAUGUGGACAUCACCGAUGACCUGAGCGAUGAUGGAGACGCUGGGGAUAAAUCGCAGGCUGUGCUCAAAACCGAGUCCUGUGAGCCAGAGCGGCCGACGGGCACCGAGAUCCAGAUGGACCGUCCCACAGGAGAGCAGAAAGAGACAGGUCAGGCUGAGGUGGAGAGCACCCAGGAGACAAAGCACUGUCAGAGCCACGUCUCUGCACCUCCACAAAGUCAUCAGUCCUCGUCUUCUUUCCCUCGCUCAGAGGAGCUUGCUGUCUCCGAGACAAGAGACGAGACAGCGUCGCCUCUUUGCCCUCAGACAGACUCAGAGCAAAUGAAUGAUGAGCACGAGGGCCAGAGCUCCCAGUCUGAGAGCUCAGCACAGACCGGUCAACUGGGAGAAGCCUGUAGUGAUGGGAUGGACCCUGCUGAUAAGGUCGAGCAGAUUCUGAAUCAGAGAUCAGAAGAAGGCCUGGAUGAGGCUGAGGAGGAUGAGGAUGAGGAAGAGGAGGAGGAGGAGGAGGAGGAGGAGCUUAAGGUACCUGAGCAGGAAAUUGACAUGGACAAAGAGACCAUCACUGAGGAUGAGAAACAAGCUAUUCCAGAGUUCUUUGAGGGACGACCAUCUAAGACCCCUGAAAGAUAUUUGAAGAUCAGAAACUACAUCCUGGAUCAAUGGUUGAAGAGCAAACCAAAGUACCUGAACAAGACAUCUGUUCGUCCAGGCCUGAAGAACUGUGGGGACGUCAACUGCAUUGGGAGAAUACACACCUACCUGGAACUGAUCGGAGCCAUCAACUUUGACUGUGAGCAAGCAGUGUAUAAUCGCCCGAAGGUGGUGGACCGCUCCAAGCAUAAGGAGGGCAAAGACGUGCUUGAGGCCUAUCAGCUCGCCCAGAGACUGCAGAGCAUGCGGACCAGGAAGCGCCGUGUGAGGGACAUAUGGGGAAACUGGUGUGAUGCCAAAGACUUGGAGGGACAGACAUACGAGCAUCUCAGUGCUGAGGAACUCGCUCUGCGGAGAGAGGAGAUGAAGAAGCAGCCGAGACCCUGCAAGAUGUCCAGACACAGAGGGUCUUUCGAUCCCUUCCAGCUGAUUCCCUGCAGGUCUUUUGGAGAGGAUGUACAGGAACCUUUCCAGGUUACUGUGUGUGCGGAGACUCUUCUCAUCAUGGACAUGCACGCCCAUGUGUCACGGGGGGAAGUCAUCGGUCUGCUUGGCGGGACUUUUAAUGAGGAAGAGAAAGUACUGAAGAUCUGUGCAGCAGAGCCAUGUAACAGUGUAAGUACAGGUUUGCAGUGUGAGAUGGACCCCGUGUCUCAGACGCAAGCCUGCGAUGUGCUGUCGUCCCUGGGCUUCAGUGUGGUGGGCUGGUACCACUCGCAUCCCUCCUUCCACCCCAACCCUUCCGUGCGGGACAUAAACACACAGGACCAGUUCCAGAGUUACUUCUCACGUGGCGGAGCCCCCUUCAUCGGUAUGAUAGUGAGCCCAUAUGACCCAGCCAAUCCAUCUCCCCACUCCCAAACCACCUGUCUGUUGGUAAAAGAGAUCCAGGAGCCCUCAGGCCCCCAGAAGCUGCCAUACAGAUUUGACUUCUUACCAUCACAAGACAUCCCAGACUGGGAACAGACGAGGAGGAGAGCUCAGUGGAUCAUCCACAAAUACUCUCAAACACCUGGGAGUGUGCAGAUGGACAGAUUAUUCCGGAAAGACUCUCAUCUCACCUGUUUGGAGAAGAUGCUGUCAUCUCUCGCCAAGUACCUGGAGCCCCUGCCGGAUGAGGAGGGAGACCCCUUCCUCACCCAGAUCCAGGCCCUUUUCCAGUCAGACUUUAUUGCCAAGCAGCAACACGAAGAGGGAGACUCUUUAAAUACCUCAUCCAGACCAGUGGACUCAGAUGACUUUGCUUUUGAUCAGCUGAUCAGCGAGGACAGGCCCCAGGAAGGAGCAGGAGGAGACUCUGAUCAGGAUUCUGGCAGAGCUUCGGGCUACGGUGGACAGGCCACCACAGACACAACCUCAGAGACAAACAGCAACACAGUGUUACACCUAGGCUCAGUGUUAUCAACUGAACAUGACUAUUUACUGUGAUGGACCAAAUAUCUCUCUCUCUCUGUACUAUACUAUCAUAUACCUCUCUGUAUAUACUAUCAUACCAUUAGCUCCUUAAAGUAUAAACUUUUAUGUAAAUACUAAGCAUCUUUGUAUCAGUAUUACAAACUUUCUCAUGUCAUUUUUAAAAAAUAUUUUAUUAUGUUAGAAUCAAACUUUGUGAGCAGAGUUCAUAUUGAAGUCCUUUAACCAAACACCCAGUGAUUUACCCAGUAAGUGUGUGUGUGUGUGUGUGUGGUGUGAGAGAGUGUAUGAUAGCGGUUAUGCUGUGGGUUUUUUUUUUUUUUACACACGUAAAUAAAAAUGUAUUUUC